AUGGUAGUACAAUGUGGAUCCAAAGACGUGGAGCAUGUGGUCUAUUACCUUAAUAAGAAGUUGUUGCCUUAUGAAUUGAAGUAUAACCUCAUGGAAGAGACGUGCUUAGCCAUGAUAUGGGCUAUAAGAAAGUUGAGGCACUACUUUCAGUCUUAUAAGGUGCAUGCAAUUUUAAAAAUAGACCCCUUGAAGAAGCUAUUUGAAGCUCCAUCCCUUACAGAAAAGCUGGCUAGAUGGUUAGUACUCCUAACAAAGUUUGACAUUGAGUACAUCACUAAGAAGGUGGUUAAGGGGGUAAUCGAGAUCCAAGAGUGGAAGAUGUACUUUGAUGGAGUUGUAAACGCGAUAGGUGCGGGCUUAGGAGUAGUUCUAAUCACGCUAGAAGGAGAGAUGCUGCCAAUAGACAAGAGAUUGGACUUUAAAGUGACCAAUAACAUGGUAGAGUACGAAGCAUAUUUAUUUGGAUUAGAAGCGGCUGUGGUAGCAGGAGCUAAGCACUUGAUAGUUUAUAGGGACUCCAUGCUGAUGGCAGAUGCAUUGGCUACCCUGUCAUCUGUGUGGGUCAAUCCCUUACAGCUUUCGAUGAAACCUUUGGUGAUUGUGAAAUUGGGUGCGCCUUAUUAUCAAGGGGAUCGGAUAAUGCAAGUUCAUAUGGAACCAAAAAAGAAUCCAUGGUCUAUGAUCUGA